AUGCCGGGGACAGAGGAGAGCAUCAAGGUUGCCGUUCGGGCGCGGCCCUUGAACCAGCGGGAGAAGAAGCUCAAAUGCGAUAUCGUCGUAUCGAUGAGCGGAAAGACCGUCACAGUGAGUCCAGAAAGGAACCCGAAGCACUUCACCUACGACUACACGUUUUGGUCCGUGGGUGAGGGGCAAGGUACACAAGAAGAGAUUUUCGAGGACAUUGGCACCAACAUGGUGUCGAAUGCUGUGGAUGGCUUCAACUGCACCCUCUUCGCGUAUGGGCAGACGGGCAGUGGCAAGAGCUACACCAUGAUGGGGGGCGGCCCGGCCGAUGUGGAGGACGCAGGUGUCAUCCCGCGGAUGAUCAACGGCCUCUUCGAAGAGAAGGAUCGGCUCGAAGAGGAUGCCCUGGUCGAGCUCCAGGUUCGCAUUUCCUACCUGGAGAUAUACAAGGAGCAGGUCACCGACCUUUUUGCAGCCCUCAGCGCGAACAAGGAGUCAAAGGGCGAGAACCUGAAGAUCAUGGAGCACCCCAAGUUGGGUGUCUAUGUAAAGGGCCUCUACCUGAUGCCCUGCGCCACGAAGUCGGACGUCAUGAGCAACUUGGAGUAUGGUCUCAAGAUGAGAACCAUCGCUGCCACGAACAUGAACCAAAGCUCCUCGCGCUCUCACGCGGUCUUCACCAUCAUCGUGAAUAGGCUCGAGGGGGAGCGCCCCAAGGGCAAGAACGGCAAGGACGAGCGCAAGUCCCUGCAUGCCAAGAUCAACCUCAUUGAUCUCGCUGGAAGCGAGCGCACAUCCAAGGCGCAGACCGAGAACGAGCGCUUGAAAGAAGGCUGCGCCAUCAACCAGAGCUUAUCUCAGCUUGGCUUGGUGAUCAAGAUGUUGACGGAGCAGAGCAGCGGUGGGUUGAAAGCCCCCAUGUUCCGUGCAUCCAAGCUUACCUUCCUCCUGAAGGACUCACUGGCAGGCAACUCAAAGACCUGCAUGAUGGCCACGGUUUCACCCGCCAGCGACAACUACGAUGAGACUGUCUCGACAUUGAGAUUUGCCUCGUCGGUCAAAAGCAUUAAGACAGUGGCUGUUCAGAACAAGAACAAAAAGGAUCAGCUCAUCGACAACUUGCAGCAGGAGAUGCGGCUGCUGAAAGCGCAGAUGGCAGCCGGAGGGCUCAACGUGGCGGAGGCAUCGGAGCAGCUGAAGGAGCGCGAGAGACUUAUCAAGGAGCAGACGCAGCAGGACUUUCAGGAAGAGCUGAAGGCCGCCCGCGAGAUGAGCAGGGCACGAGAGAAGGCCCUGGAGGAGAGCGGCCUUUCACACGGGCACAUCACGGAGGCCUUCGGAAUCAGCAAUGGUCAGCCUUACAUGGUGAACAUGGCCUUUGACCCCAUGCUUGCCGGAUGUUUGAUCUACUUGAUCCAGGAGCACAAGCCAACAACGAUGGGUGCCAACAAGGAGAACACCAUCGUGCUGAAAGGCUUGGGAAUGCCAGAUUUCUUAUGCCGAAUUGAUGUGCUGGAGGCAGGUGGGGUGAGCCUCACGCGGCUGUCCGACGGUACACGUGUUGCCGUCAAUGGGAAGCUGCUGGAGCAGAACCAAAUGCGGGAACUGCAAAAUGGUGAUCGCAUCUCGCUGGGCCGCACAUAUGUCCUCAAGCUUGUCUAUCCUGGCGAGGGGGCCGCCCUUAACCAGGAUGACCUGGUGCUGCAGCGAGAUGACACGGACACAACCGAGCUGGAAAACUCUCCAUCCUGGAAGAGUCUGCAAGACUACGUGGGGCAAGUUGUGCGCCAGAUGUCAGCACCGAUGGCCUCGACUUUGAUGGAAGAGAUCAAGCAAGCCUGCCGCCUUACAGACGAGGCCAACGAAGUGACCGUGGAGUGCCGAUCUGGGUCUGACGCUCUGCACUUUGAGGUGGACCUGACGAGCACGUUCCCUCCGUGUGUUACCAUCCGCGUUCUGUACUGUGACUGCGACGAUGGCCCGGGCUGCACGAAUGAGGAACACUGGAAGAACAAGUACAUCUGGUCUGUCAGUCAGCUCGCAGAGCGGCUGGAGCGCAUGAGAGACUACUGGAGGCAGAAGGAUAGCAGUGGUGCGAUGCCAGAGCUCCCACCCCUCGAGGACCCUUGGCACGAGGCGGAGGCAGCGGAGAUCUUCCAGCGGAUGCGACACCUGGAGAGUGUGGUCCUGGAGGCCGAGAAGGCUUUCAAGGUGUCCCAGGAAUCGCAGCCCCUGAUGCUCAGGAUAAUGAACUCCGAGGACUCCCUCCGGCGCCUGAUCUUCGGGCUCUGGAAGUCCUGUGUGAGCGCCGGGAAGAGGGAGCGCAAAGCGUCCACUGGCCGGGCGGCUCUGGUUAAAACCCCCACGGGUCGGAUGAGGACAACGAUUGUGCUCGACAAGCCUCUGGUUGGGCGCAAGGACUCGAAAAGCCGUGGUAGCACCACGCCGCAAGCGACGUCUUCUGGGAGGAGGAAGACCUUGAAAUUCGGAGCCGAGAAGGGUGCAGAGCGGCAGGAGCCGCGGACGCCUCGAAGGAGCGCUGCCCAGGCCGAUCCUGGCGGCGUGGAGACUGGCCCAGCGCAGCCCGAGCCGGAAGCCACGCCCGAAGAGCCGCGGCGGCCCGAUGUCGAGAUGGUGGAGCUGCAGCGGCAACUCGACGAGUCUUGCCAGCAGAAGGCGGCCAUGGAACACCAGCUGGAGGUUGCCUAUGAGUUGGUCGACGAGCUCCGGGGUCGUUUGGUGGAUACGCUGGAGCAGAAGCCGCCGCAGCCGCAGCCGGCCGAGCCCUCCGUGGUGGGAGCUGUGAAGGAGAAGCUGGGCAUGCGGUGUGAUCCGGAGCUGCAGCCAAAUGAAAGCAAUUCUUGCCUGCUAGCUCAAGCGGAUGCCUUGGCUUUGGCGUCCCGAGCGGCCCUGGACGCAGCAAAGGCUGUGCAGCGGGCGAAGUACCAGAGCGGCAUCGCGGCCCUCCCCUGGAGCUCUUCGCGACUGGCGGCGCGCGUGACGCGCCCAGGCUUGCAGCUUCCGGCUCGCAGUGUCAGCCCGGCCACGCCUCGAACUCGUCCAGUGAGGUGGACGCAGUCCUAUCCCAGGGUUGCACAAGUUGCACAGCCCGGCAUCGCGUGUGCCGGCAGGCCACCCCCAGAACGCUCACAACCGGUCCACUUCCCAGGUCAGCCGAUCUACCCCGUGGCCUGGGCUCCCGCCGAACAACCGACGCCUGUCCUCCGCGCGCCGACCACCUUCAUACAGCCUGGGCGGAUGGGAAUGGGAAUGACCGGGUUGAAGAUGGUGCAGGUCCACCAACCAGCCCCUCAGUCAACACCUGCGAGCCCUUCGCCCACUGCACGGACGCCACGGCAAUACCCGGAUCCUGCACCUUACUGGGGCACAUCAAGUCCACGCCUGCCGAAUGCCACUGCACCGGCAUUCUAUGCCCCGCCCCUCACGCAGUCGACGUCGGCGGUUUCAGACACCAGUUGGCUGUGGUCUCAGCCAGACCUGGGCGCUGCACAAGCACCGAGAUCUGCGCCGCUGCGCCGGCCCAGCAGCAGUGCCCUUUCCACCGGGGUGACUUCUCUGAUGCAGGAACCGCGCACCUCCAACGAUGGCAAGGCGGAGGGCUCCUCGUCGGGCUGGUUUCCUCUUGCCCACGCUGGCGUUGACAGCAGUGCAGAGUGCUUGAAGGUGGCUCCCGACCUGUUCCUGGUACGGGUACCUGACGCUGGGGCAGAGGUGGACCGGCCUGCGCAGGACGUCAACUGCUGUGGCCUUGGAGAUACGCUUGCGGCCUCGAUGCCACGGCUACGGGGCAUCGCACAUCUCUGA